GGGUAAUUUUUCAAGCGUGGAAGAGUUGUCCCUGGAUGGUUCCUCAUUGGAUGAAGAGUCUUUUAAGAGCCUUAGAGCAUUGCCCUCUCUUAAAUUUUUAUCUAUGCAAGACCUCAAUGCUGACUUACCUAGUCAAGGUAAUUCGAUAAGAUUUAAACAAAAAAAAAAAAAAAGCUCAUUUAUAGCCUUCAAAAAACUUCAUUUGAGCUAUACAAUAUACAUGUCAAGAUUUAUCUGUUAAGCUCUUUUAUUUAUUUAUUUAUUUAUUUAAUGACUAUAUUUGAUGAAUAAUAUUUUCAUAAUAUUAAGGUUUAUCUGUGAUUUCCAUUUUUAAAUAAUCUCACCUUUAUCAUUAUAUUAAAAUAUCAAUUUUCAUUCUUUAAUUGUGUUAUUAAACACAUAAUUGAAUUAUUAUUUUUUUAAUAAAAACAGCAAUAUUAUUUUUUAAUAGGCUUGCCGAAUUUCAAAAAUUUGGAGCAUUUGGAUUUGAGAUCGUCUACUCUCGACAACAACUUCUUAAAAGACAUCGAAAAGAUGCCCUCUCUUAAGAUUUUAUUAUUGUCCUCUUGUCAACUAAACGGCACCAUACCUGCAGCCAAAGGUUUAUGCGAGUUAAAAUAUCUUCAAAAGCUAGAUAUGAGCAACAAUGAUCUCAGUGGCACUUUACCUUUAUGUCUGGCAAAUUUAACAUCCCUUCAACUGUUAGAUCUAUCUUCAAAUCACUUCAUCGGAAAUAUCUCCUUAUCUCCCCUGGGGACCCUCACAUCCAUGCACACAUUAGAUCUUUCAAGCAACCUGUUCCAAAUCCCAAUCUCUCUUCUGCCAUUCUUCAACCUUUCAAAGCUCAAGCACUUGGAUUGUCAUGAGAAUGAAAUAUAUGCAGAUAUAGAUGUGCCUACUCUGACACCAAAAUUUCAACUACGGACCCUAUAUUUGUCAGGUCAAGGAGAUGGCGGAGUGUUUCCCAAGUUCUUCUACUAUCAGCAUAAAUUAGAAUAUGUUGAUAUGUCAAAUAUUAAAAUGAAGGGAGAGUUUCCACAUUGGUUGAUCAGGAACAACACAAAAUUAUACGCACUUUACUUGCACAACUCUUCUCUUUCGGGGCCUCUCCAAUUGCCAAUUCAUUCCCAUGUGUAUUUUUCAUACUUAGACAUCUCUGACAACAACUUCAAUGGCUCUAUUCCAACAGAAAUUGGAGUAUGUUUUCCAAGUUUAAAUUCUCUAAACUUGUCUGGAAAUGGUCUCACUGGUGGCAUUCCUUCAUCAUUUGGCAAAAUGAGUCAACUGACAGAAUUAGACUUGUCCAACAAUCGACUAUCAGGCAUAAUACCCCAAGACUUGAUUGUUGGAUGCAAUUCAUUAGAUCAUCUCAUUCUUUCAAACAACAAUUUGCAAGGCCAGAUAUUCCCAAAACAGGCUACUUGCAAAGAAUUGAUUCUAUUAUUGUUGGAUGGCAAUCAAUUCACUGGAAGUAUCCCAUAUGGCAUAAUUAAUUGCACAGGGUUGGCAGUGUUGGACGUGAGCGAUAAUCGACUCUUUGGUAGCAUCCCUGGUUGGAUAAGGAAUAUAACUUCUCUUCUUAUCUUGGAUUUGUCAGAGAACAAUUUCUUUGGAAACCUGCCAUCUAGCUUUGUCCCUCCAAUGAUCAAUGAAGUUUAUCUAUCAAAAAAUUGGCUACAAGGACCAUUGACGAAUGCAUUUUACAGUUGUUCUGAUUUAACAAUAUUGGAUCUUAGUCACAACUAUUUCACUAAAAGGAUCCCAGAAUGGAUUGGCAAUUUUUCAAGAUUGACCUAUCUUCUUUUGGCUUAUAAUAAUCUUGAAGGUGAAAUACCAAUUCAGUUGUGCAACUUAAUCCAAUUGAGUUUGGUUGAUCUUUCUAAUAAUAAUCUUUCUGGUGAAAUUCCUGUUGAAAUAGGAAAUCUUGACAAAAUCCUGCUGUUAAACCUGUCCCAUAACAAGUUGACGGGAUUGAUUCCACAAUCAUUUUCAAACCUAAAGCAAAUUGAGAGCUUGGAUCUUUCCUAUAACAACUUGAAUGGCAAAAUCCCUCAACUCACUCAACUAUAUUUUCUAGCUGUCUUCAGUGUAGCGCACAACAAUUUAUCUGGUAGGACACCUGAGAUGGUUGCACAAUUUGCGACAUUCGAGAAUAGUAGCUAUGAGGGAAACCCUUUCCUUUGUGGACCUCCACUGUCUAGAAGUUGCUUUUCUUCAUCAAUAAUGCCAAGAUUUUCGGAGGAGGAUAAAAAAUAUCAUAAAAAGGAUGGUGGCUUUGUGGACAUUGAUGCUUUCCAUGUGAGUUUUCUGAUUUCUUAUGCCAUGGUGUUGUUGACCAUAGCAGCCGUUUUGUACAUAAAUCCAUAUUGGCGAAGAGCAUGGUUCUAUAUGAUAGAGUUGAGCCUCACCAACUUCUACUAUUUUCUGGUGGACAAUAUUCCUUUUGUGUUUAGAUGCUAUUGAAGCCUGGGUCUUCUAUGUACUUUAGAAACCAUGGGUCUGCUAUGAGUCAGCUGAGUUUGUGUUGUAGUUGUGUAAGCUGGGAAGGUUGCAGAAUAAUGAGCUGAAGCUGAUUGCAGAACAUCAUUUAUUACUUGUUUCUGUCAGUCAGCUAGAUGAGCUAUAAACAUAGCUUGUUGACUUUGCAACUUCCUAUGUACUCCUGUGUGCUGUUCAUUUCUUGAAUGAGAAGUAGUCACUCUGCAAGCCUGCUCAAGAUUUAUAGUACUGUAAGUUUGAAUAUUUGUCUAAAAAUGAAAAUAAGAAAAAUUACAUUUA